CAGACAAAAAUACCAAAAUCUUGAAAACGAAAAAAAUGAAUCAAGAUCGAGACACAGAACGUGGUGGAAACUGUUGUACUUGCUGCUUAAGCUUCAUCUUCACAGCUGGUCUCACCUCUCUCUUCUUAUGGCUUAGUCUCCGUGCCGACAAACCCAAAUGCUCAAUCCAAAACUUUUACAUUCCUGCCCUCGGCAAAGACCUAAAUUCACGAGACAAUACCACUCUAAACUUCAUGGUUCGUUGUGACAACCCAAAUAGAGACCAAGGAAUCUACUACGACGAUGUCCACCUUAAUUUCUCCACCAUCAACACGACCAAGAUCAAUUCCUCUGCUCUUGUCUUAGUUGCUAACUACAUAGUGCCUAAGUUCUAUCAAGGACACAAGAAGAAGGCCAAGAAGUGGGGUCAAGUAAAGCCGCUAAACAACCAGACGGUUUUACGAGCGGUUUUGCCUAAUGGAUCGGCGGUUUUCAGGUUGGAUCUGAAGACUCGAGUGAGAUUCAAGAUUAUUUUUUGGAAAACUAAGAGGUAUGGGGUUGAAGUUGGUGCUGAUGUUGAAGUCAACGGUGAUGGAGUUAAAGCUCAAAAGAAAGGAAUUAAGAUGAAGAAAUCUGAUUCUUCUUUUCCAUUAAGAAGCUCUUUUCCGAUUUGUGUUUUGAUGAAUUUACUCGUAUUCUUCGCGAUUCGAUAACUUGAUUAGUGGUCUUGAUUUUCAAGUUUUUCAUUUUUUGGUUUUGUUGAUUUUGAUUAUUGACUCUUUCAUGAGUUUUGUUGUGUGCUAGUUCCAUUUUUCUUCAUAGUUUCCAAAAUUCGACCAAGAACGCAUUGCUUAAUUUAUUCCCUUAUUUUUUGUUUUAAGUUUUAACUAUGUAUUAGUUUCCAUCAACAAAAUUCUAUUUGAAAA